AGCAUGUGGGGAGCUCCGGCUCGGGCGGCUCAGUCCUCCGCGAGCCGACACUGGAGGCAGCAGGAGCGGCGGCGGCGGCGGCCCGGACCCGCAGCGCCGCACUCUCUCAGCGCCGCCCGCCCCGACGGCAUGGCCCGCAGCCCGCGCUCCGGGCGCCCCCAAUCUCGCUGAGAGCCGCUGCGGUCCCGGACCCGCGUUUGGGGCCGCGAGCCGCCAGGAUGAGCCGCUCCCAGUGGUGAUCGCCACUCGGGAAUGCGGGUGUGAAGGGUCCGAGCUGCCGCCCAGCGGGGGAGAGACCCCGGGACGCCGGAAAUCACCAUCCCGAAGCUGCGAGAAGAAGGCGCGGGGGAAGAGAGCAUUCUUCAGUUUGUGUGCCUUGUGGGGAAAAAAAAAUUUUUUAAUCGUUAUUUUAAAAAAACAAAACAAAAAACAUUUCCGUGCUACUGUCUGUCAUCAUCUCUGGGGAAAUCAGCCAGAACCACCAGAACGUAACUGAAACCAGACGAGAGAGGCAGGAGCCGAGGCAGUACCUGCAGCGUCCGGGCACCAGAGCCACCUUGGAACGGGAACGCGUCUCCGGCGGCCGCUGGGCUGCGGCUCCACCAAACUUUGGGGCGGGCGGGGCGGGCUGGGGCUCGGAGGGGGCUUUGUAGACCUAGGGCCGCCCCCUAACCAUGAUGUUUCGCGACCAGGUCGGGGUGCUGGCGGGCUGGUUUAAGGGCUGGAACGAGUGCGAGCAGACUGUUGCGCUGCUGUCGCUGCUCAAGCGCGUGAGCCAGACCCAGGCCCGCUUCCUCCAGCUCUGCCUGGAGCACUCGCUGGCCGACUGCACCGAGCUGCACGUCCUCGAAGGCGAGGCCAACAGUCCCGGAAUCAUUAACCAAUGGCAACAGGAGUCCAAGGAUAAAGUGAUUUCCCUCCUGUUAACUCACCUGCCUUUGCUGAAGCCAGGAAACCUCGACGCAAAAGUAGAGUAUAUGAAACUGCUGCCCAAAAUCCUGGCGCACUCCAUUGAACACAACCAGCACAUCGAGGAGAGCAGGCAGCUGCUGUCCUAUGCUUUGAUCCAUCCGGCCACUUCGUUGGAAGACCGCAGUGCUCUGGCCAUGUGGCUGAACCACUUGGAGGACCGCACGUCAACCAGCUUUGGCGGCCAGAACCGAGGCCGCUCGGACUCUGUGGAUUACGGGCAGACGCACUACUAUCACCAAAGACAGAACUCCGACGACAAGCUUAAUGGGUGGCAGAACUCUCGGGAUUCUGGGAUUUGCAUCAAUGCCUCCAGCUGGCAGGACAAAAGCCUGGGGUGUGAGAAUGGCCACGUGCCCCUCUACUCCUCUUCAUCCGUCCCCACCACAAUCAAUACGAUUGGAACCAGCACCAGUACAAUUCUCUCAGGCCAGGCACACCACAGCCCUUUGAAACGAUCUGUGUCCCUUACCCCACCCAUCAAUGUGCCAAGCCAGCCUCUAGGACAUGGAUGGAUGUCUCAUGAGGACUUACGAGCUAGAGGACCCCAGUGCCUCCCCUCCGAUCAUGCCCCCCUGUCACCACAAAGCAGUGUAGCCUCUUCAGGAAGUGGUGGGAGUGAACACUUAGAAGAUCAGACCACUGCUCGUAACACAUUCCAAGAAGAAGGUAGUGGUAUGAAAGAUGUUCCAGCCUGGUUAAAAAGCCUCCGCCUGCACAAGUAUGCUGCGCUUUUCUCCCAGAUGACCUACGAGGAGAUGAUGGCCCUCACUGAGUGCCAGCUGGAGGCUCAGAAUGUUACCAAAGGUGCAAGACACAAAAUUGUCAUCAGUAUUCAGAAGCUCAAAGAGAGACAAAACCUCCUGAAGUCUUUGGAAAGAGACAUCAUCGAGGGGGGCAACCUGCGCAUCCCCCUCCAGGAGCUGCACCAAAUGAUCCUGACUCCCAUCAAAGCCUACAGCUCCCCGAGCGCCACCCCCGAGGCUCGCCGCCAGGAGUCCCAGGCCUCACACCCUCCUUCGCUGAUGGGCCCGGAGAGCCAGAGCCCCGACUGCAAAGACAGCGCCGCGGCCGCGGGAGCCACGGCCACUGCCUCGGCUGGGGCCAGUGGCGGGCUCCAACCGCACCAGCUGAGCAGCUGUGACGGGGAGCUGGCUGUCACCCCCCUGCCAGAGGGGGAUCUCCCUGGGCAGUUCACACGUGUCAUGGGGAAAGUGUGCACACAGCUCUUGGUCUCCAGACCCGACGAGGAGAAUAUAAGUUCCUAUUUACAGCUCAUAGACAAGUGUCUAAUCCAUGAGGCAUUUACAGAGACACAGAAAAAACGAUUGUUGUCAUGGAAACAGCAGGUGCAGAAGCUCUUUCGGUCUUUCCCUCGGAAAACCCUUCUAGACAUAUCAGGAUAUCGACAGCAAAGAAACCGCGGCUUCGGGCAGUCCAACUCCCUCCCGACGGCUGGCUCUGUGGGCGGCGGCAUGGGCAGACGGAACCCACGCCAGUACCAGAUCCCCUCCCGGAACGUCCCUUCCGCCCGCCUUGGCCUCCUGGGCACCAGCGGAUUCGUCAGCUCCACCCAGCGCAACACCGCAGCCAACCCCACCAUCAUGAAACAAGGAAGACAGAACCUCUGGUUCGCCAACCCCGGGGGCAGCAAUAGCAUGCCAAGCCGCACCCACAGCUCAGUCCAAAGGACCCGCUCGCUGCCCGUGCACACCUCGCCACAGAACAUGCUGAUGUUCCAGCAGCCAGAAUUCCAGCUUCCCGUGACUGAACCUGACAUCAACAACAGGCUGGAGUCCUUGUGCCUCAGUAUGACCGAGCACGCCCUGGGAGACGGGGUUGACCGGACCUCCACAAUCUAGAGCUGAAGAUGAGAGUGACCGGGCUGGCCGUGAAAUCGACUGCUGCGGGUCCAGUGUUAGCCAUCUUCAGGGUUGCACAGAAUCCUCCAAGAUACUUUGCAGCCUUUUUUUUCCCCCUGGUCCCUCUCCCAUUUUGAUUUUGUGAGAGCGUAGGUCGUCCUUGUAAACAUAUCAGUAGACCUGGGACUGGUUAUUUUGUCAUUUGUUUCUGUCGUGGGAUGGCUUGGUGUGGGGCAUGGGGAGGGAUCUCUAAGGGAAACAUAGGACUGGGAACGGGUGGAGGGAAUGCAAGUGGCUUCUUGGAUGGAAGUGAGGGGGAAAAAAAAAAGAGGGUACCGCUUGGAAAGAGAUGAGAGACUUGGGAGGGAGGCAGAAGCCCCAGCCCUUGGGAGCCUUCUCAGAAGCCUGCCUUCAGAGUCAGGCCCCAGGAGGAAGGCACGGAUGCCUGCGACCAAAGCACAACGGCGGCUCGCUCUUUUAUGUCUCCCCUGAUUGGAUUCCCUGAGGCCCCUGCUUGAAAUCCAGCCGCAGAAGAAGUCCACAUGGCAACGGGGGCAGGAAGGGAGAAAUUCCCUCCCAACAAAAUUUCAGAUAAACUUUGAUUUGUGUAUUGUUUACAUAACAAUUUUAAAGGGUACAUAAUGUGUAAAGAGUUGGGAUAGAACUUUUCUUCAUACUAUGGUUUUUGUAAAGGAUUUGUCGCUAUGGAUUCAUUUUUUUCCUCUAUUUUUAUAAUAGCAGCAGGGUUGUCUUUUUAAAUGGCUGCCAAGCUCUGCUUCUCGGGAAGACGGAGCGGUCACGUAGGCCUGAGUUGUGUCUCCCACCUGUGGGGGUGGGAGAGGUGUGUCGGUGGAGUUGAGGAUGUGGCUGGAGUGGGCGGAGCACUGGGAAGGGCGCCACCAUGUGAUCGGUUAUGGGAUUGCGCGCAGUCACCUAGAGAGUCUAAAGGAAUCCUGCUGCCCUUUCUGCGCUGGAUUUGCUUCUCACCCGGAGAACCUCUUUCUCCCCACCCUACCGUGGGGUGUCAUCCUAUCACUCCUGUUCUCGUCCACACACACACACACACGUGGGUACAAGUUUCACUGGAGGAGAAAAGGCAAGGAUGGAUAUUUUUCCCUAGCAAGAGGCCUUAAUACCCAGAUAAUAAGCUCAAAAGGCCGCUUUUGGGGGGUUGCUCGCAGGAACCCCAGCCUGGGGGCUGCAGCCCCUUGGCUCGCUCACCGCUGAGGAAGAGGAAGAGAAGAGCAAGGUCCGGCAACAGUGUAUAAACGGUCAGUCAGCAAGUGGCAGAGAGAGCUGCGGGGAGACGUCCCAGGUGGGCAGUGGAAGAAGAUGUGAGAAAGGUCGACUUCAUGAUGGAAAUGAUGAUUCUAUCACGUACGUCAGGGAUUUGCUGUGUUGUCGGCUGAUUUAUCCACCCACAUGGAAGGGAGACAAAACUACUACUUACAUGGUGAGAGAUUAACAAACUACGCUACCAAAAAGUAAUAGCUCUAUUUCUUAAGGGCAAGAAAGGCUACAUUUGGAAUGUAAUGCAAUGGAGGGUAUUAGAGGAAAUCCAAGAGGAGCUGUGCUCUGCGCUGGAAAAUUGGGUUGUGUAAGUGAUGGUGUGACAGCUCAGCCAGAGGCGAGAUCAGGGAGAUGGUAGGAGGCCUGUUUAUUGAAUGGGUGUCUGGUACCAUUUUGGGGGGUUUGUUUUUUAGCAAAGUCAGAGUCGAAAUUAAAGAGAUCAGACCAUGAAAAUCACUGCGUUUGCUUGGGGUUAUUUUUUUAAAUAAUGAAGUAAAUACAAUGUAAAAGGCCUUAAUGAAAUCCAAACAGCUUUCUUCUACCUUCAAGAUUGAAAAUGUACACCCAGCACAGCCUUGGAUGUUGUGAAGCUUGCAAAGUCUUCUUAAGGUCUAAAAUGUGGGACCAUCUUAACCACAGAGAGCCUUUAGCAAGCAAAGAACACUUGAAUCCACAACAUCCUGCACUGCAUUUUUUAAAAAGGUGGGGGGCUCUCCAUGGGUGACUAUGUUCUAAAGAUGCAAAUUCAUUUGCAGAAAGAGGCAGCAUUUUUUAGUUGAUAUUUUUUAACCAAGUGCCAUUAACAUUCAUCCUCCGCUCCCCUUUUCUAAGCAAGCUUAGGGUUACUUGGGGAAUGUGUUGGGAUGGACAAUCGUGUGAGCCGGGAAGGACAAGUCAAAGAUGUUGAAGGCCAAAGGCAAGACCAGAGGGUUUGCGAAGGUGUUUUUUGGAUGCUAAGAACGUUAAUGGAAGAAAAAGAACAAUGGUAUAACACAUCUUGUGGAGAAAUUAAAAAGCAUUCAGAUCUGCUGCAAAACACGUAUAUCCAUAAACACUCGGGUUGUUCAGAAAACAGAUUGUGAACAAAAUCACAUUAGCAUGAAUCCUUUAAAAGGAAGAAGACCUUAAAGUAUUUGCAAAUCUGAAUUUCUAUUUAUUCCUUCACUGAAUAUAGAAACAAUGGUUAUCUGAUUAUUAGAGAUAUUAUUUUGGAUAUGUUACUUAUUAACUUGCUAUGGCUGGUAACCAUGAUAAAGUCUGUUAUUAAUAACAACAUAAUUCUUUUUUUAAAAGAAAAGCUUAUUUUUCAUUGACUGUGUAUAGAUUUAUCUACUUAGUUGUGUUUUGCUCUUAGUGUUUUAAUUUUUUUUUAAGUUGAGUGUUCUGAUCAAUUUUAGGAGCCUGUCCCCACCUUGUUUUGAGUCCUGUGUUGACUGCAGGUAUACAGCUCAAUCUAAAAAUCCUAAAGCAAAAGAACUUUAUUUAUAAAAAAAAAAAAAUCAAA